UCAGUGUUCAUCUUGGUUUCGUCAAUUUACUUCCCUUUUAACGAUAUUUUCUCCUUUUUAUAAAGCUUUGAUCAUGCCAAUUGAAGAUACCUUAUUUCAGUUGAAGUUUACGACAAAACAGUUAGAAAGAUAUGCAAAGAAAUGCGAAAAGGAUCAAAAAGUACAAGAAGCUAAAGUGAAAAAGGUGAGCAAGAGCAUGGAAGGUGUAACAAAAGGUCUUGAUAAAGCAAUGAAAAGUAUGGACCUAGAAAAGAUUUCAGCAACAAUGGAAAAAUUUGAAGGUUUGUUUGAAGAUCUUGAUGUCAAUACUCAGGUGAUGGAAAGUUCCAUGGGCCAAGCUACAACUCUAACCACUCCACAAGACCAGGUUGAAGCUCUUAUUAGUCAAGUAGCUGAAGAAAAUGGCUUGGAAAUAAUGAGUGAAUUAGAAAAAGUACAACCAGGAACAGAAUCACUCAGAGAAAGAGAAGGAGAACGUUCAGUGAAAGAAGAGGAUCAACUCACAAAAAGAUUGGCAGCAUUAAGGAACUAGGUUUGCAUUCUUUAUCCUUCACAGUUUURUAAAGUGAAUAUAAUAAUCACACCAACAAAUAACAAAAAAUGUAAAUAAUAUUAAUGAUAAGUAGAGAACAAUCUCUGUGGCUGGGAUACCUGUGGUUUCUUGAGGAAGGUCUUUCACUUAUGAUGAGUAGRAGCUGGAUACUAGAAUGCCUCACUAAGCUCAACCAGUCUUUUCUCUGCCAUAUUAAGCACAGGAGCCCCAAGGCUCGCUUGACAAAUGUAUCAGUUUUGAUUUUCAGAUGCUCAAGUAACAAAAAAAUUCACAAAUGACUACAAAUGUUUUCAAAGGUUCGAAUAAUUUACUUUUGCACUAGCAAAGUAAUGCAUCAAUCACAUGUAAACUACUUUUACAGGGUGAUACAAUAUUUCAUGCAAAGAAAAUAAAAUUUAGAGUAGUUUUCCUAGUCAUAAACUAAAGGUGAGCGUUUUUUUGGAGUGCAACCACGUGACAGAUACUGUAAAUCCCUUGAGAUAUAAAUAGCAAUCAAACGACCGCCAUCUUAGUUGAUCCAACAAGAGAAGCUUAAUGAAUACAAUAACCAACAUGGCGACUAUGACGUAACAUGUAUCCCAAGAAAUACACUCUAAUUAUUUUGUUUUCUAUUGUAUUUAUCCCACUAUUGAGCGCUUUCACGUAACGUCACUCCAGCCAUCUUGGUGUACCAAAACAAUACAUGUUCUAUCCUCUGGGAAUUGAACUUUAAUUUUAURCAAAUACUGUGUAGAAAGUUUCUAUUGUUUGGUACACCAAUAUGGCUUCCUUGUCACGGGAGAGAAAAAGCUUUAUUACACUGAUUUGUUUCGURGCUUUAUGGAAAAACUGCCUUACAACAUUGCUGACCUCUUGUUAUUAGAAGGAUAAUACGUAUUCAUCUUGAAAAAAUGUAUWUUUUCUUCUUCUUGACUUUAAUGAAUUGUUUGAUUUAUCCUGUAUUUAUUUGGUAAAUAUAAUCCAUAAAUAU